GUGGCUGGAACUCGGAGCCCGGAUGCGCCGCCAUGCCGACUCUCCCAGCGAAUGGAAUAAUUUAUUCACCAACCUGCCUGACACUGGGCGACUAGGAGUUGACUCAAGAAGUCAGCAAGGCAGUUUGGAGGACAGAGGAGCUUUUGGACGGGGGCAGACUACCACAAAAGACCCGUGCCGUGUGUGCUUCUGUGGCUGUGACUGCCACGGCUGCAUCGGCGUGGGGGUACUUGUGUGUAUUAGCUUAGCUACGUUAGCGUUAGCUCGAGUGGAGAGUGCGGGGUAGUGACAGUCCGGCCGGAGGCGGGGAGAACGGAGAGAUCCAGAAAAACUUUCAUGUCUGCAUCCAUUUUGGAAAUCACUAGAGAUGUCUGUUGAUGAGGAGACUGUAAAAACUGGCAGUCCUCAGGCCAGUUCAACUUCAUCUCUACAGCUGUCAGAAUGUACUGGAGGUUACGGUAAUAUAUCAGCAAUUGUGGAGGGUACUGCAGCCACACCUGACUUUGCAGCUGCCUGUCCUGUCCCAGGCUCUGCAGCUUCACCAAAACACACCAGCACAACUGACACUCUUAGCCCCUCAGAGAACACUGGACAGAGAGCCAGAGGGAAUGAAAAUAACAUCAAUCGCAGGAAUAGCUUUCAUCAUUCCAAACAACAGCAACAGAUGAAACUAACAAAGCGCCGCAACACAGCAAAUCCAAGCUUCAAGCAUCCGACAUCUGGCAAGAGGAGACGAAGGGCCAACUCUGAGAGUGACUCUGUCCUUCCCACCAACUUCCUCUUAGGUGGAAAUAUUUUUGACCCACUGAAUCUCAACAGCCUGCUAGAUGAGGAGGUCAACAAGGCACUGAAUGCAGAGACGCCCAAAUCCUCUCCCCUGCCAGCAAAGAGUCGAGACCCAGUGGAGAUCCUCAUCCCAAGAGACAUCACAGAUCCACUCAACCUGAACAGUGGAAUAGCAGACAGCAGCUUUUUGAUUUCUCCAUACAAGAGUGGAGGCAGGAAGAGACAUCGCAACAGACACCAUGGAGGAGGUGGAGGUAUUUCAGCCACACAGGUCAACCUCCCAGAAUCAGGGAGAAAUGAGGUAAAAAGUGGCUCCUGUGCACCACUUCCAGGUACUUUAGCUUCGUGCUCCACACUAGAUAUCUCCAAAGAAUCAAACAGUUUCUCCAGUAUCACAGGAGAUUCUCAUGAACAUUUAACUGACAGCUCAGCUAGUUGCAAAGAGGAGAUUACACCAGUAUCCUUGGAAGAUUCCACUUCCUCCUUAUCAGGGGUACCAAAUCAUCACACAAGCAGACGCAAGCGAAGGCGCAAUUCUGGUAAAAUUGACCCUCCUGUGACCCAUUCUACCCCCCUCGUAAAGUCAGGAUCAGACAGGAAUAGUAGCACAGGAUCUUCUCAUUCCUUUCACACACCUAGAGGCGGUCCCAAAACUGGGCCUGGAGGUCGUCCACAUCAGCAACCCUACAACCAGGUGAAGGACCAGCAGAGGAAGAAGUUUCAAUAUGGGAAUUACAACAAGUAUUAUGGUUAUCGCAACCCAGGAGCCAGCGAAGACCCUCGAGUCCGUGUGUUCCGUCCAGAAUGGUUUGAAGGCAAAGAAGUACUGGAUUUAGGUUGCAAUUCAGGCCACCUAACACUUUAUAUUGCCAAAAUAUUAAGACCUGCUCGUAUAUUGGGCCUUGAUAUUGACAGUGGUCUGGUACAUGCAGCCCGUAAGAACAUAAGGCAUUAUCUGUCUGAGCUGCAGACCCAAGAGGCCCGGCGUGCAGUGCAGGGGAAAAAGAGCACCAAACAGGAGGAGAGGAAUGGAAAUGAGAGCCACACAGGCACAGAAAAGAAGCACAAUGAAGCUGAGAGCACGGUUGAAAAUGGAAAGCCAGUGAAAGGAGAAAGUGGCCCUGCAGAGGCUGUAAAUGACAAUGACUCGUGUCACACAGAUGAGACAGGGACCCAGAGGCAGGACGGCAAAACAGAGGGAACGGGGCAGGAAGAUAGUGAUUUGCCCCCUGCCGAUCAUUCUGUGAGUUGCUCUUUUCCUGUGUCCCUACGGAUCUCCAGGGGGCCAAUCGCUGCACCUCCACUAACAGAAACACCCACAUUACAACCAGGGGAGUUCCCUUCCAAUGUGUCCUUCAUCAAGGCUAAUUAUGUUCUGCAGAACGAUAACCUCCUUUUGACUCAGCAUCCAGAGUAUGAUGUCAUCCUGUGUCUGAGUGUUACCAAAUGGGUUCACCUGAACUGGGGAGACAGUGGUCUGAAACGGCUCUUCAAGAGAGUCUACCGACAUCUCCGUCCAGGAGGCAUGUUCAUCCUUGAGCCUCAGCCCUGGGAGUCUUACGCCCGGAGGAAGAAGCUAACUGAUAACAUAAACAGAAAUUAUCACAACAUCCGUCUGAAACCUGAUCUGUUUUCAUCAUACCUUACAAAUGAGGUGGGCUUCAGAAGUUUUGAGUACCUUGGAGCCCCCAAGUGUUCAAUAAGAGGUUUUCAGAGGCCAAUCUACUUAUUUCACAAAUGACCACUCCUGCCUUGAAGAUCUUGAAUGUGAGUAGCCUAAACCACCACCACCAUACAUACAAGCCAGCCCGGUGACCUGCACUGCAAGGAAUCAUUGGAAUGCUAAACAGAUACGCCAGAUUUUCAGAAGCUGAAGAGGAAAUUCACACAGGAACACGGGACCAAAACGUGGAUUUGAUUUGGAACAGAUGAGCUCUGUCAAGAUGAGGGACUUAUGAGAAGGUUUUGCGACUACAAAUUAUUGAAUGGAUUUGGGAAUAAACUCAAGGCGGGACUCCACAAUGCAUAACCUUAAGCCAAACUAGUAGGUUUGGCCAGACUGCUGAGGAGAUGCUCCUCUGGUCAUUUCCCUGGUCAGUCCAAGUGCUGAUGAUUCCCCAGUUUGAUGCACAGCCACAGCGUGUUUGAGAUCCUUGGCCAUAUAUCUUCACUUUUAUAACUUUAUUCUGUCCUCACUAUUACAUAUAUACAUUGUGCAUAUUAGGGUUGGGCGCUAGGAGAGAGCUUUUCAGUCAGCCACCAUCAAGCUGCCACCUGCUGAAAGCCUGUGUGUUCAGCAUGAUCCCACAGCUCCACUUUGUGCCAUGUGUAGAAAACUACAUUAUACUGCUGGUCUGAAAAGCCAUUAAAAAAGUAUACUUACAUGGUGGAGCACAGGGAACUGGGUUUGUCAUGCUCAAUGCGAUACAGGCUAUCAUGAGGAAAGGCUCAUAUUACAGGUAAUUGUGACUCAUGAUGGCAUCAAAAAGCACCCUGUAGACGCUAAUUACCGACGUCACGGCUAAAGUUUCGAAGUAUAUUGAGACAGAAAUAAAAUUGCACACAUUUUGGUGAAGUUUAAAUCAGCCAAAUAAUGUCCAUCAACUCUAGACUUUCGCUUUUGCCAAAUAUUGAUGUUAUUUUUGUGUCCCAACCCUAAUAUAUUCCUAUAUUUUGAGAAAGAGGCAGAAUAGCUGAGUGAACUUGAAUCUGUUACAGAGCUGUUAAGAAUUAUAGACAUAUUUUAAUAAGAACAAUAUUAAGAAAAAGCUCCUAAAUUGCACAAACCUAAGAACAUAUGAAGUGAUUGAUCAGAUAGAGAGAAUGAUGCACAGGGAGGAAAAGGCACUCAAGUAUGCUUAGGGAAUAGUGGACAUUGCCACCUUUAUCACAAAAUGAAAAGGUUUGCACAGUUUCCAUUCAAGGACUUGUAUAAAGGUAAUAAUGGCCUGAUUAGUAAGCCAUUUUUUUUUAAAUUUUUUUUUCACUUUUUUGUCGUCAUAAUAUAUAGACAGAACAAAAACAACCCAUUCGCUUUUUGAGAAAAUAGUCUCAAUGCAACAUUCACUCCCUUUAUUUUUAAGCUUUAUGAGAGUGGACCACCUGCUAUCAACAUCACUUAAUGCCAGGUGAACCAAAUCCGUUCUCUGAUCAAAGUCAUGAGGUACCAUAGAAAUCCCCAGAAAAGGUUUUUACAUAGAUCUUCAGUAAAAUAAUUUUGUCCACCUGCUUGUGUCUGGUUAAAUUUCAGGAGUAUUGUUUUGAUUGUCAAGGCUCAGGCCUGUGUAAUGCAGGACACCGUGAUUUCCAUGACCUUAUUUUUUUUUAACUCCAUCCUAAUGGUAGGGGGCAUAUUUGAGCCGCAUUGACUCACCUAAAGAUAAUUCAGCACAGAGAUCUGAAAACUAUUUUACGAGGUAGAUCUGUAGCAUAUAGGUAUGUUGGGUUUUUGGGUUGUUUUUUUUUUUUUUUUUUUUCAAGCCAUAGCUCAACCUUCUAUGUUGUUUACAUUGUGUUCCUGGACAUGCUGACUGAGAAUAUAAUUGAGUGUGAAUUAUAGGAGCCUCGCACCUGUUAUUGGCUAUUCACUACAGCAGCACUUUCAUUGUUUAGUGUGGUCUGAAGUUGCACUGAUUAUAUUUUCAUAUCAUCUAUAUUUGGCAGGCAUUAAUCCAAACAGCAUCAAAAUCACUGGUGCUUUUCCAGAUACUUUGUAAAAACAAAACGCAGAUUAAUAUUUGUAGGAAAUUAUUACGAAAAGACUGAAAAAUAUCCACAGGACUUUUUAAGACUUUAUAAUUACUAAUAUGCUGUUUGUAUUAAAGCACUGCCAAAUUAUUAUUUAUGGGCCCUUUAGUCCCUGAUUCUACAACACGUCAUUAUCAGUUUUGUGUUCGGCUGGAGGACAUCCGCUUUUGGUUACGGGAAGCUGAUCAGUCUUUGUGAUUGUAUUUAGGUGUGCAUUUAUCACCAUUCAUCUACAGUCUUUUGUUCAAAGUGAUUGGGAUAUAACAUCUUUCUGUUUUGGUGACUGGGUCAAAUACAUUUGGCAUACUAGGGUAGGAGAUGACUGAGAUGUAUGUUUCUGUUUUAGUAGAAGAUCAGUGUAAAUAAGUUUGGAAAUUUUAUUUUACUGGUGUCAAUAUUAAUUUCAUGAAUGCUUUUGUAAUUUUUUUUCUGUCUUUUUUUGUUUUUCUUUCUGCCAAUUUGUGAGUUGAUCCCAGGUUACAGUUAUUGUCCUUUAAAUGGAUCGUUAAACCAGUUCUGUAACAACAACUGAAUGUGUACAUGGAAAAGUUCAGAUGUUUGCUUUGUUCUCUCCUGGCAGGUGCAUAGAUUGUUAGAUUAGCUCUUUAUUUUUUUUAUAAAGUGUUUGAAAGGAGUGUUGGUGUCGCUGCACUCUCAUUUCACAUUAUUUGACACACUUUGGAUGUUUUACAAUGAGCGAUCAAUCUUCAAAAUGGGAACAAAUCUGAAUACUUUUUAUAAUAUUUGUGGAAUAUUGAUGAACUAAUAAAAUAAAGCUUCAGGUUACAUUGGAAAUUGAAAGUGAUCUAGCAACUAUUUCAUUUGGCCCAAGAGGCACAGGGCACCAAAUCUCACCUUUCUCCUAAGCUAAGACAAUCAGAUUCUCAGGCUUAGAUCAGCUCCUGCUGUCAUUUUAAAGGCAUUUAGCGUUUUAUUAGCGUUGUGACGAUUUCUGCGACCAGCAAAAACUCUGUCCUCCUCAGUCUGUAAUCAGUCCUGUGGAUUGAAGUUCAGAAAAUCUGAGCAUAGUUUUGAGUGUUUGAUCCUGGUUUCCAUGUCGUAAAGAUAAAAAUAAAGAUAAUUCCAUUACAAGUGUACUCUCACACAUGUUGAAGGUUAAUUUAUUUUUAUAUGUGUAAUUGCGCAGUUUUAAAUAACAACCUGAAAACCAGAGAAGAAACAUAACAAGAGAAUUGAGAAAAACCAAGAACCCUUAAAUACUGACGUUAAGAAAAGCUGUCCUGUGCUUUACUGAUGAUGCAUUGGCUAUGAUUUUUUUUUUUUUUUUUUGUCUGUGGCACAAAUAAGCCCUGAUUAAAAAAAAAAAAAAAACAAAGGCUGUGCUUACUUCUGCAUUCCUAGUUGUUAUUUAUUUACAUGUUUACCAGACAUCAUCAAAUUGUUCUGUCACUGAAGUUCAAUAGAAAAAACACAGGGUGUAUUAUUUUUAUGACACCAUUAUUCAGCUCUCUGUGUUGACUUUGCACUGAUACGACUCGAGGGAUUAUUGGUUUAGUGAGUUUUAGAGUUAAUAUUUUACAUGUACCAUACUUUUGCUAGAUUUUUUUUUUUUUUUUUUUGAAAAGUGGUGAUAAAACACCCUGGUGUCAGGGAAAGCUUUUACAUUUAAUGCCUCUGAACAACAUGAUCUAUUUGAAUGUUUGUGUUCAAUAUUUUAACUGAUUAAAAGAGAAUCCAGA